ACCAGAGAGUGACGUUCUCAGCAGCAGAGAUGCCAGCACACACUCUGAAGAUGACAGCAUCUGUUCAAUACAUAAGAAAACUGCUGGGGAAAAGCAGCAGUGCGACAAGCAACCUGUUGAACAGUGGACACAAAACACAGAAGAACACUACUGAUUAUAAAACCAUCAGGAAUAAAGAUGGAAAAAGUCAUAAAAGAAACGUAGUGCAAUUCCAAGACAACACAACAGAGCAGUAUACACGGAAAAGUGUCAUUUUAAGAAGAAAAGAAAAUGAAACUUUUGGGUUUGACAUCCAGACAAGCAGUGUUGAGAGAUGCAUCAGUACUGAGCAGGAUUUGGGCUCGUGUGUGUGUUGGGUGAAGGAGAACAGUCUGGCAGAGAGCAGUGGCUUAAUGACAGGUGAUGUUAUUAUAACGAUCAACAGUGUGAAUAUUGCUGGAUUCACUCAGCAGCAGAUCAACAAUCUGGUUCAAAAGUCCUCCACCUUAAUGAUGGAGAUUAUCAGAGGUGUUACAGAAAAGCAGAGACAACUGCUUAGCAAGCUUUAUCUUCUGCAGAAACAGUUUACAGAGAAAAGUGAAGAGCUUCAGACACUCAUCGCAGAGGAAGUGCGUCUGACAGGAGGUGGUGUGGAAAACAUCCAGAAGUUAAAUGUCCUUCCUGCAGGAUCCUCUGCGAACCUUUGCUAACAGUGUGGAAAGAGAGUUUUUUUCCCACUUCUAAUACAAUCAAACACACCUAAUCAAGGUUGUGGGCUUCACUGGAAAAGUACAGGCUAGUGCAUUACAACAGGGUUGAAACUAAGCUCUCUGGUAAAGUAGAUUGUGCAUCUUGUGCUCCUGAGCCAUUUUAAAGUUAGUCCAGGGAAACAAAUCCUGGCCAUAUGCUCAAGGAGACCCCAUAAGAGACCCUGUUCAGACAGCAGGCGGCAUAUUUUCUGUAUUUUUAAACUCAGUGCUACAUAGUGGUUUGAAUUAGUGAGUGAAAAGCUAAACAUUUAACUAUUUAUUUGAAUCAUACUGCAUUUUGUAUUAUCUCUACUGUAUUUGUGUAUUCUACACUAUUAAGCAGUCAUUUUUAUUGUCAGUUUAUUUCAUUUUAACUAAUUUAUAUUUUGUCUAAAUGUGUUUUGUGUAUUCAUGUACGAAGUUCUCUAAUAUUUAUAUCAUUUCCAUAUUUAUAUAAUGCCUCUUUAAUAAACUUUUAUAACAAACUGAUGUUUUGGUGCUUUGUAGCACAGGCUAGUUCUGCUUUGGGCUGUUUCUCACUGUACACUUAAUCUUGCUGAAUGUGGUUUGCAUAAGUUGAUUUGUCUGCUGUUUGCUUCUGCUGAACACGUAGGUUUCCCAGAUAUCAUCUCAGUCAGUGGUAAAACACCAGAUGCAGUUCUCAUUCACCACAUAGAUCUUAAACAUGGCAGGAAAUGACACGUCAUUGACAGUAGAUCCGGUAUCACAGACAAACCAUAGCGUUCUCAUCACUUUUAUAAUACUUGAUUGACAGAAUAAUUAAUGCCUCAUUUUGUGUUCAACCCCUUUGAGACCUAAUUUUUAGCUUCUUAAAAGACCUUGAAGAAUAUCUUUACAGUACUGAAUGGCACUCACACAAAGCUCAAACAAACUGAUGUAAACACAAGUAAGAUUUUGUUAAUUUCUUAGAUAACCCUGGGAAUGUUCAUCUAAUCACAGAUUAGAGUUAUUG